AUGCAAAUCGAGUUGGAGGAAAGAAGUGUCCGCGGCCGUCGCUGUCUCGCUCCUUCGCUCAACUUUGCUGUCCAUGGGAGAACGGGAGUUAGGCGGGAAAGUUCCCGCCCACAGCGCGGCAAAAUAUUUUCAGACGCUAAUAAGCUGGCGAGCGGCGGCGGAGGUGGUCGCGGCCUCUUCUGCUACCAUUGCCCGCCGAGCCUGCCGCCGCACCAGCACCGGUUGCCCACGCUGGAGUACCCCUUCACUGCGACACACCCCUACACAAGUUACUCUUAUCACCCGGCGAUACACGAUGAUACAUUUGUUCGCCGAAAACAGCGGCGCAACCGCACCACCUUUACUUUACAACAGUUGGAAGAGUUGGAGACGGCGUUCGCUCAGACCCACUACCCCGACGUGUUCACGAGGGAGGACCUCGCGCUCAAAAUCAACCUCACAGAGGCAAGGGUGCAGGUGUGGUUUCAAAAUCGGAGAGCGAAAUGGCGGAAAGCGGAGAGGUUGAAAGAGGAACAAAGAAAACGGGAAGGUGUUGAGGCGAUGGCGAAAAGAGACCCGUCCGAUGAUAAGGGUUCCUCAGAAUGCGGCAUGUCGCGAGGAUCGGGAGAUGCAUCUCCAAUGUCUGGUGCUGGAGUAUCCCCUCGAGCCUCACCCCCUGUCACGCCAGGUUCCCCUCGACGAUCUCCACACCGGUCUCCAACCAGAUCUCCAAGGCUUGACAGGUCGGACGUGAAUUGUGUUUCGCCAGCACCUUCCGUCGGCAGCACGGGGUCCAGGGACGCGGCGCCAGACCCGCGCCCACCUCACCAUCUCUUCUCACCUUUUGACCACACCGGCGCCUUCCGCUCUUCGCCAGCGAGCAGCACGGAGCAGACGCCCGCGCCGCCGCCGCCGCUGUUCCUACCACCACACCUCUCCCACUUGUCGCAGCAUCUCAACCAUCUGUCGCAGCCCUUCUUCCCUUUGAAAGGUUGGGGCGCUCCUUGCCCCUGUUGCCCCAAAGAGGAGGCCCGCUCGUCCAGCGUGGCCGAGCUGCGCCGCAAAGCGCACGAGCACUCCGCGGCGCUGCUGCAGUCGUUAGCGAACUUCCAAUCCCGAGCGUUGCUGCCGCUGCCGCUCCACCUGCCUCCCUUGCCGAUGCCGCUGCUGCACGACCCGCCCACUUCUGCUGCACCGCCGCAAGACCCGCCCAAACAUUUAGAUUAAUGGGUAUAACCUAUAUUGGGUGUUUCACCAAUCGCGGUGCGUCCGAUCAACAGCGGGUAAUAACUUCAAAGGUACGGUGCGAGGGGGUGCGCGGUGUCUGCAUAAGCACAGACGAGCAUGUUCAGAUGCCCUAUAAUCCCGGUUUCCCAUGCUGCGUACAUGGACCAGUCCGCACCGACAACCAUGGGGAGAGUAUCGUCCGUGGUAGCGCAGACACAGCAUCGUCGUCCGAGCCUUGUGCGCGGUGCGUGGCUGUCCGCACACCUGCCUCCCUUGCCGACGCCGCUGCUGCACGUGGUGCACGCUGCUGGUGUGCGGGCACCUUUGCUGCACCACCGCAAGACCCGCCUAAAUAUUUAGAUUAAUUGGUAUUGGACGUUUCAUCAUUAAUCUGAUGAUUAGUCAUCCUAUUUUUCCUAUGCAAAAAGUAGCUUUUGCUACUCAUCGCUAAAAACAUGGGAAAUUUCAAAAUUUCUCAACAAUUCUCUCAAACAAUAUACUUACAAUCAUUUUAACAGUGAAUUCUGUAAUGCCAUCAUGUCAAUUGCCAUUUUAAUACAUUUUAAUGAUAUGUACUAUAAGUCAAUCUUUUUGUGCCAAGUUAAUUACGAGUAUAACUAACUAAGUAAGCAGUUAGCACAUUAAAAAGUUGUAGAUAUUGGAUAUUCUUUCUACUUAAUUUACCUACGAAUAAUACUUUAUUGUGAAACAUACCCAUUUAUUUAGUUUUUUCAAUAUUUUCCAAAUCAAGCAUUAUUUAGCUUGUUAAAUAGAAAAAAGGCAAUCAAAUCAUGUAAAAUCGCUUUCAAACCAAUAAAAAUUUUUCUUCGUCACGUCGUUUUCAAAAUCGAAAAGUCAACUCAAUAGGUCAUACUUACAAUAAUAUUUUCUCGAACCACGACGAACAACGUAAAUUUUAAUCGGUAGAGACGCAGCUUCAAUUUCAAAGAAGGUAAUGGCGGUUACGGACUAGCGUUUUUCUGCCCGUAUAACGCUCGUUUGGGCGCGCUACAUUUCCGCUUCAAUAAUAAUACAGCUCUAUUUGUCGGGAUUUGGCCAAUGAUUCGAGUUUUGGACAACGAUAGUUUGGUAUUCGUGAAAUCAACUGACCACACUAUUCCAGAUCCGCCUAAUGUUUCGUAUUUGGCGAAUUUUAAAUAAGUUUGGCAAAUCAGCCGGACAGCAGACGCAACAUAUUGUAACAGCGUAUUACGUAGCGUGUGACAGCGUGUGUAUGAUAUUAUAUUCUGGAAAAACAAACAGUUCCCGCGGGAUUUUUUAAAAAACCUUUCUUCUCGCCGACCUCUCGGGUUAGUGCGAAUGUGCAAAACGAUUCAGUUAUCGCUGCCUGGUCACACAAUUCGCGUUAUAUCACAAAUAAUAAUUUGCCGAAUCCUCAUAGUGUAGCCGUAUCAUAAUAUACAUUGAAUGCGCGUGCACGCACUUAUUCCGGCGUGUUCGCUAGAACUAGUGGGUGAGUCAGUAGCUAUAAUAUGGAUUCUGGCAACGAAUGGAUUCACGCGUGUACGUAUACGCGAUACGCGCGUAAUAAAACGAGCUUUUACACGCAAAAAAACGCGAAUCUGUAACCGCUCUAAUAUUAUGGAUACGUAUUGAAAAAUAUUAAGACAAGGCAAAGACCUUUACAAUGUAGCCACUAGAUAUAUAAUAAACGCAAUGUUAAUGUUAUGUAUUCGUAAAAUUAAGGUUAAAAUUAUUAUUGUAUAAGUAUAAGAAAUUUCUUGUAAAUAUUUUAAAAAAUCACCGUAAUCAGUAUUCGACCAAAAUUGUUGUGAAUAUUUUUUCGUUUAUGUAGAAUUAGGGAACGUUAUUGUAAAUAAAUAGAUUUAGCUACGGUAUUAUCACCAGUAUAAUGCAAUACGGUAUUAUAACCGAUAUAAUACAAUCACCAGUAUUUUUAUUUAUAAGUUUUCUUACACGCAUAAAGGUACGCUAAUUUGGUUGCAAACUCUUGCUAAAAAUACUUUUUUUUUGUAAUUUUUUAUGUUCAAUUUACUGUUUUUUCCCUUACUGUACCUACCUUAUUUGUUAUAGAACAGCUGUUGUAGUUGUAAGUUAGAAAAUAAUCUCUUACAACGUUUACGUUUGUAUUAUUUUGGAUCUUGCUUAGUUUAAAUAAAUAUAAUUACCAGUGAUUUAAAAAAAAAGUGGAGAGAUUUUUUGUGAAAAUAUAUUCUUUUUCUAAAGUCAUUGUUUAAUUUGACAAGGAUUUUCGUUCAUUAAAGAAAAAGAUUAUAUUAAUCCAACAUCACAUUCCUAUAUGCAUAGAAUAAAUGUAUUGAAUAAAUAAAAUAUUUCAAUAAUUUUAACAUAUAAUUAUGAUAUAGUAGAUAUAGUGUCGGCGCCAUUCAUGUAUAUAGGAGUGAAAGAGAGGUAUAUAAACCACUGCACUAUGCACAAGGUGUGGAAUUGUGGCGCCGUAUUUUAAUAUAUAAGGAUGUAUAAAUUGUAGCUAGCUUCUUACAUAAAUAGAUACCUUCACGUGAAUAGUUGUUUUGAUUAUUAUAAAUAAAAUAUUAUGUACAUUUA